UGGCUAGUAAUGCAUCCCUGCGGUGACUAUAAAUAUGUUUCUUCACGUCAGCUGCGCUUGCUCUUGUACUUUUGAACAAUGUCUGGACGCGGCAAGCAAGGAGGCAAGGCUCGCGCUAAGGCUAAGACCCGGUCGUCCCGCGCCGGCUUGCAGUUUCCCGUGGGCCGUGUGCACCGCCUGCUCCGCAAAGGCAACUAUGCGGAGCGCGUGGGGGCUGGCGCCCCAGUGUACCUGGCAGCCGUGCUGGAGUACCUGACGGCCGAGAUCCUGGAGUUAGCUGGUAACGCGGCGCGCGACAACAAAAAGACGCGCAUCAUCCCGCGCCACCUGCAGCUGGCCAUCCGCAACGACGAGGAGCUCAACAAGCUGCUGGGCAAGGUGACGAUCGCGCAGGGCGGCGUGCUGCCCAACAUCCAGGCCGUGCUGCUGCCCAAGAAGACAGAGAGUCACCACAAGGCCAAGGGCAAGUGAUGUCCGGGACACAGCAAAGGGCUGAAGUUCCACUUGAAUCUAAAGGCUCUUUUCAGAGCCACUACGUUUUCAUUAAAAAAGCUGUUAACUUUUAAUCUAAUAAUAAAUCAUGCUCUUGCACCUCUUUUAA